GAUGUAUCGAUGAACUUGUUGAGAAGUAUGCAGCCCUGGUAUCUAACUCCCUCAACACUGAAUAAUUAAUGAAUCAUCCUGAAGGAGCUAAGGAGGAGGUGACAAUGGAGGAUUUGUGGACUUGUGGUUUCUUUUUAUCAAAAGAGCCCUACAAGGAAUUAGCCAUAAAAUGCUUUAUGUGCGACAGCUUAUUUUACACCACAACCCAUUUUCAAAAACAUUUGGCGCGCAUACAUUCGUUUGAAGAAGAAGAACUUCUUAAGCCAGCCUUAAGACAAAAUUUUAACGUACAAGAAGAUUUGUCUUUGCACCUUUUCAAAACUGAGACGGAAUUUCAAUUGGCGGAAGAUGAGAUAUUAAGAGAGUAUUAUUUUGGACUAAAUCUGGAAAGUACCAUAGGUGACUCGAUUCUAAACCCUAUCGAAGAACCAAAAGAGCAAAAGUCUGGCAAGCGGAAAGCUAAAAAAGAGGGUUCAAUGUGUCAUAUAUGUGGAAAAAUUUACAAGGAGCACUUUCAGCUUCAGAGUCAUUUACGCGCGUCACACGAUAAAUUACGACCAUACCUAUGUAGCAAGUGCCCCAAGAACUAUGCUCGAUUAACCCACUUAAACGACCAUAUGCGUUCCCACUCAGAGCAGCGAGACUUUGUCUGUAGCAUAUGCUAUAUGACGUUCCGGCGCUCUCAAGAACUGACCCGCCACAAGCUACGUCAUCAGCAAGGGAGAAACUACAAAUGCUCACAGUGUGAUGCUAAAUUUAAUCAGCACUCUGGACUGUAUCACCAUUUAAAGAUUAAGCAUGGCAAAAAGAAUAUGUCUUGUUAAUUGAGAGUAGCGGAAGAGAGGCUUGUAGAUUGGUAUAUUGGUAUGCGUACGCUUUUAUUUUUGGUUAAUGGUAGUUGAAUAUAAUGUCAAUUUUUUCUUGGGUACGUAAUGAGUACAAAUAUUAA